UGUUUAAAUUUCUUGUCUUUGUGUUUAUUUUUUCUGCAAAAUGAGCCCUUGUGGAUGUUGAGUUCUUGUUUAGGGCGACGACGCCGUGAAGAUGGAGAUUGAUCGAGCAUAGAUAAUAAAAUUCGAAUGCGGACGCAAUGGAGGAUUGUGAAGCGCCGUUGCUGCUGGCGGAGGAGAAAGGAACGAGGCGCCUCUGUUCGGUUCCGAUUUGGGCGGAGAUGAAUAGGGUGAGUAGCAUAGCGUUUCCAAUGGUGGUGGUUACGGUUUCGCAGUACCUUUUGCGCAUUUCGCCGCUUUUUAUGCUCGGACAUCUCGGCGAGCUGUCUCUUUCCGGUGCUUCCGUCACCACUUCCAUCGCUAAUGUCACCGGCUACAGCAUCAUCUUUGGUAUGGCCAGUGCUUUGGAAACUCUAUGUGGACAGGCAUAUGGAGCACAACAACACCAACGAGUUGGGACAUACACAUUAACCGGCAUUAUAUGUCUGUUAUUGGUGGCUUUACCCAUCUCUAUUAUGUGGAUUUAUAUUGACAAACUGCUUAUAUUCGUGGGUCAAGACCCUCUUAUUUCAAUCGAGGCAGGAAAAUAUGCGAUGUGGUUGAUCCCUUCACUAUUUCCAUAUGCAAUAUAUCAAGCAUUGGUUCGAUAUUUGCAGAUUCAGAGUAUGAUCUUUCCUAUGCUUCUAAGCACGGUAGUCACUCUGUGUUUCCAUCUGCCUCUCUGUUGGGCAUUUAUUUUUCGGCUUGAACUAGGGAGUGCAGGCGCAGCCCUUUCGAUUGGUAUAUCGUAUUGGUUCAAUGCAAUCAUUCUUGGGCUUUAUGUGGUGUAUUCUCCAUCAUGUAAGAAAACACAUCCGACUUCUUUCUCGCGGGAAGUUUUUCUAACUAUAAGGCAAUUUCUAUCUUUGGCCAUUCCGGCUGCCUUGAUGAUUUGUUUGGCGUGGUGGUCCUAUGAAAUUAUCGUUUUACUCUCUGGGCUGCUAUCGAAUCCACAGCUCGAGACAUCUGUAUCGUCUAUUUGUUUUACGACCAUGUCGCUGCAUUAUCACAUACCCGAUUCAUUUGGAGCGGCUGCAAGCACUCGGAUAUCGAAUGAACUGGGAGCAAGGCGACCAAAGGCUGCCCAGACAGCCUUCUACACAGUAUUAGUUGUCUCAGUUGCAGAGUGCAUAGCAGCAAGCGCGGUUGUAUUAAGCUGUCGACAUGUGUUGGGAUACGCAUACAGCAACGAAUACGAAGUCAUUGCUUAUGUGAAUCAAAUUUCGCCACUUCUCUCACUUUGCAUCAUCAUGGAUGGCUUCGAAACAGCUCUCUCCGGGAUCGUUAGAGGUAGCGGUUGGCAACACAUAGCCGUCUACGUCAACAUCGGAUCCUACUAUCUAAUCGGAAUUCCAGUAGCUUUAGUAGCCGGAUUUGUGCUGCAUUUAAGGGGCGAAGGCCUUUGGUGUGGUCUCGUGGUGGGAUCGACAUUGAAAUCCCUCUCGUUGUUGAUAAUAACAAGUCGCACGGAUUGGGAAAUACAGGCAAUUGAAGCAAGAGAAAGAAUAUCUCAAGGCACGAGUGAGACUACCGAUGAGUUGAUAUUCAAUGAACAUGAUACUCUACAAUUGAAAUAAGAAAGAAUUUUGCAAUACAAGUUAAUUUUGAGAUUUUAAAGUAGCUUUGUUUAUGGUUCCGCAAAGCUAAGUGUAAUGAAACGGUCUUGUUAAUAGGUAAAUUUUUAAUAAGUCCGUAAUGUAGAAAUGGUAAAAAGGACCCGAACACAUGCUUUCUUUAUAUAGAAAAUUUUGGAG